AUGCGGUCGCCGUCUCGCGCUGCUCUCUGCGACCCGUCGCUUCGAUCUCGUCGAACGGCACGACCAUCGAUGGAAACGAGAAAGAGAAAGGCAACCAAGUGCGUUUCUCACCCAAAAAACGUCGGAAAACGCAGCAAAGCGGCAAUCUCUCUGACGACGUCGAAGGUCGACGAUGACGUCGAGACGCGGCGUCCCAUCCUCGUCGGCCGACCCGACGUUCUCAGCUUCGACGCUCUGCCCGACGCCGUCAUUCUGGCCGUGAUCGAGCUGUUGGACGUGCGAGACGUCGUCGCCCUGGCGAGAACGUGCAGACGAUGUCGAGACGUCGGUCUGUCGUUACCAAUGUGGAGAUCACAUUGUAAGCGUCGCUUCAACAUUCUUGGUUGUCCAAAAACUAAAUGUUAUUCGGAAGUCUAUGAGUUGUUCCAUAAGGUCAGUGUUGUGGCUAGCUGCAAGUACCAGUGGACUGUACAGCCCGAUCAAGAUUACUGGAUGCUCGUGUUCUGUGCUGCAACAACUGACUCAAAGGAAGUACAAUAUCUUGGUCUUGGUUCGGAAGUCUUGCCGACGACAUUGUUUAGAGGAAAGGCUAUGAAGCUUUGGGGAUUGUCUAGUGAUGAAUUGAAGAAGUACUACAAAGGAGAAAUCAUCCACUUGAAUCAUGGAGCUCGAACUAUGUACAUCUGGAAGGAUCUCUACCAGGCUGCACUGGAGAAGUAUGGCUCGAGAGAGAAUCUUCAGGUGGCAUUACUGAAACGCUGUUUUCGUAUUCGCUUGGCUGUGAAUAUGGAGUUUGACCAAAGUACAAAAGAGCGACGCCUUCGUAACUAUGAGAAAUGGUGGCAACGAAAUCAAUCACUGGCAGCAUCUCUCACUCGUCACAUGCCGAGCAUAUACGACGUUUCACUUGCUGUGCCGUAUUUUCAUUUGCAUUCGGUGACGGACGACUAUCGUGUUGGUCACCAUCCGGCAUCAGUAAAACUACGCACCGUCCAUCACUACGCCACAUUCUGUCACACCCUACAAAGCUGGCUGAGCAAGAUAUCCGACGUCGACAUCCAACGACAGAUGUUGGAUGAAUACACGUCGUGUCUAAAGUACAUCUAUUCUAAGCUGUCUGCAAGGACAUUUAGAGAGUUCGUCGAUGCAACCAGCUUCUUCAAGGCCGCCCUGGAGUUCUACGGGCAUUUGAAACCGGUACUAAUGUGGCAGUAUGAAAAGGGAAGGGCUUACCAGGCACACCAUCGUCCCAGCAGUGUCAUCAAAGAGCAUCCAAGCUACAAGAAGUACAUGUUUGAUGGCGACAAAACUGCUUUGGCAUCACUCAAAGCAGCAUUCGAACAUCAAGAACGUCUUCGACUUUUUCUCGACGAUAACCGAUGGCUAACUCAGCCGCUGAUGGAUCGUAUCGAACAGGAAGCUCUGACCGACUCACAGUCAGGACUGUUCAAGGAUCUUCUGCAAGGAAUCCGUGCUGACUCGGGGAGUAAGGCGAUACUGGAUGCUGUCAAGUCGUUUCUCGAUUCCGGCUCAGACGAUGAGUUUUAUGAGUUUGUGCAUCAACUGAAAGAGAAACUGACUGCCAAGGUGGAGACCUUGAAUUCUCUAGUGAAAAGCUUGGACAGGUACGUCGUGCCUGUAUCCAAGAAAACGAACAAAAAGAAAGCUCAUAAGGCAUUACAAGUUUCGACCAGAGCGACAACAGGCAGACGAAGGUCUGCAAGAUUGAUUUCCAGGAUAAACGUAGCAGGAGGCAGCAGAUCCUUGACUGAUCGGCUCCGGAAAGAAGGCAGUCCAUCACAAAUGAUCAAUGAGAUUGCCGAAUCCAAGAUGGCCGACGCACACAAUCAAUCAGGCAGUCCAUCUCAAUGUUUGGUGUCAACGUCCUUUCCUAACAACGCGUAUAACAUCCUUCUUAUCCGUCGUUUAGAAGCCGAAGACUAUUCGGGAUCAGAAAAAGAGACGCAUAGUCUUGUUGACGACUACGACACUUCGGAUUCAAUUGGCGUGGGUGUUUCCAACGUGGGAUCUACAACAGACAGUGAGAGGACAGAAAGGACCUUUGGCAACACCUCGAGCUAUAUUGCACCGAGUGAUCUGUUAUGGCCUGAAUAUGACUCUGAAGAUCUAGUCGAUGACUCAGACUCUGUACUGUCAUCAGACAUGGAGAGUAUGUUGUCGUGAAUACAGGUCUUCUGGUCAUUAAUUGUGGCUGCUGGUUAUGCUUCAUUGUGUUGAGUUGAGUUUGACGGAUUGUUAUUUUGAGUUGAUAUGGACAGACCACUGUGAUUGAGUAAGCAGUGUUUCUGACUGGAAAUUUCUUUUAGCCGCCUUAGGAAGAGAUAGUUACGUAGGUAGAUGUAUUUUGUGAUGUUUCAAAUUUGUUGUUAUGCGAUUCUCAGUAGGUGGAAUCAGUAGUUGGAAUCAGUAGUUGGAAUGGAAAUAACUUAUUUGAUUAUAUGAUUCGUUCAA